CUUUCUUCGCGAAAUAGCAACCACCUAAAGCCGCAAGCAGACGAAUCUCUCACACCAAAAUGCCAUCCAAAGAGCCUAUUCCGCCGCACCAAACCGGCGUCGAGUGUCCCUCCUCCUCCGCUGAGGUCCCACAAGAAACCCGCGGCUCACCCUCCUUCCCCGACGCAGACAUCGAGAUCCAAAUCGGCAGCACCGUCUUCGCCGUGCACAAAAUCUACCUCUCUCACAACUCAAAGUACUUCCAAAGCAUGCUCAACGGGCCGUGGAAGAGCGUGCAGGUUGCUGAGAGCGGUUUGCCGCGACUAACACUUGAGGAACCUGUCACCCUGGAAUGCUUUGCGUGGUUCCUCAACGCUAUAUACUAUCCGUAUAAGCACGGGAUUGGCUGUACGGAGGAUCUUCGGUGGUUAUUCAAGCUUUUUGAGCUUUGCGAUUAUUUGCUUGCGGAGGAUCUGUCCAAAGAGGUGGUUCGACGCAUCAAAGCCAGACGCAUGGCAGUUCAUAUUACCUUCGAGAAUGUCCGUGUCCUGCUGAAAAAGGCUGAUGACAUAAGAUACAAGGACGCGGAUUUGAGGGAGAAGUGUCGGGAGUUUCUGUUGAUGAACCUUCGAGGAAGUAGCGGCGCGGAUUCCCGGAAUCCAUCCUUACCCAUCAACCCAUCAAAGGUGCUGCAGGACAACAUGGCUGAGGCCGCGUACCUAGCCGAGCAACACGGCUUCCAAGACCUUCUGACGACGGAGAUGCUCGGAUCUUUGCAGAGGCCUCUUGGUCAAUUCCUGAGGGAGUUCGCAUUGCAGGCGCUUCAAGUUAAUCCUUAUUACCAGCGGUUGUCAACAGACUCGCAGAUGCUGCUCGUUGCAAAGUGGGGCCCGAAAAGUCGGGAUCGUCGGUUUACGUGCGAUACGGUUGAGUAG